GAAGCUUCAUCAUGUGUCUUGAAGACAUUAUGUAAUAAUGUCUCCAGCAGAGUGGACCGCUCCGGUGGAGCAACAGGAACACUGCUUCCUCCUCCUCCUCCUCCUCCUCCUCCUCCACCCUUCCUCCUCCUCUUCCUCCUGGGGUCACAGCAGCCCCCUGCCCGGCUUUAAAAGCAGGCUGCAGCCACAUCACAUAUCACCCCUCCUCCUCCUCCACCCCCACCCUUCCUCCUCCUCCUCCACCCUUCCUCCUCCUCCUCCUCCUCGGCUCUGACAGUCAGGAGCGUCACCGUCGGUCUCCUGGACGCGUUCAGAGCUGAAACCUGCACACUUUGCUUUAUUCUGCGCUGUUUGGAGCUGGUUAAAACCAAACAGGAGGAAGUUUCUCUCCAGUCAUGCAGAAGGUGGAGGGACAGGUAACCCCGAUCAACCUGCCUUCUUCCAGGGGCCCGAGCACCCCGGGGUCUCCCGCCACGGGCAUCACGGCCCGAGUGAACGACCAGCUGGUGGGCUACAGAGACCUGGCAGCGCUGCCACGAGAUAAAGCCAUCCUGCAGGUGGAGAGACCAGACCUGAUGACCUACCAACCACACCUCAGCUUCUCCCCACUCGACCAGCCGCGCAGAGAGCGAUCUCUGUCUCCUCCCCCCACAUCUCCUCCCAGGUCUCCGGAGGUGAAGGGAAAUAAAAGCCGAGCAGAAAGUGAGAGUGGCUCCCCUGGAGGAUCCACGCUGCAACUGCAGGCUGGACGCAAGCUCAGCGCCAGCCAGCAGCAUUUCCACAGACCAGAUAAUGGGGCCAACAUCUACAGGAAACCUCCAAACUACAAACAAGACGUUAAUAAACACGUGGAAGGCAGCGGCGUCAUUCAGUCAGCAAAGUUUCCAGCAGCUCAGCCUCCGGACCCCAACCAGCCGUCUAAGAUAGAGACCGAGUACUGGCCCUGCCCCCCCUCCCUGGCUGCCAUGGAGAUUGAGUGGAGGAAGAAGAAGAAGCAGCAGGAGGAGGAGGAAGAUGAGUUUGAAGACCUGACAGACGAGGCCAAGACGCUGCAGGAGCAAGAGCUGGAAAAGAUCAAGUCCAACCUGGGUCGUCUCAUCCUGAAGGAGGAGAAGGAGAAGGCCGUUCAUUUUCGGAGGAAGACACAGUCACUGCCCGACAGAACACACAUGCACACCAGUUUGUCAGCAAGUGCAUCAAAGUCUCCCUCGCGCUCAGGGCCAGGCUUGACCAGAAUGCAGUCUGCAGAGUUUUCCACAGAUGGAGACAAAGGACUGCCAGCUGCUCAGAACGGAGAGGCUCGGAGGGAGAGGAUGGACAGAGGAAACUCUCUGCCGAGUAUCCUGGAGCAGAAGAUUUAUCCCUAUGAAGCGCUGGUUGUGACCCACAGGGGGCGCUGUAAGCUGCCACCAGGAGUCGACCGCACUCGACUGGAGCAUUUUAGCAACUUUGAAACGACUUCCAUCUGUGCUGAUAUCUAUCGGAGCCGCAGAGAGUCCGAACCUGUCAGGAGCUGCAGGAGAUACACUCAGAGUGUAUUAUCACCUUGGUCACGCCAAUCACAUGCUAAUCAGAGGCAUCUGGCUCCGGAGGAGUUCGAGCAGCUGUUCGGGAUGCCGAUGGCCGAGUUCGACCGCCUCUCUUUGUGGAAACGAAAUGAACUGAAGAAGAAGGUCUCGCUUUUCUAACAGGAAGUGACAUCAUUCCCCCUCAAAUACUCGAUGAGCCGCCUGCUUUGAAAGGAGGCGGCGGAGAAAAACAGGCCACGACACAGAGCGAGCCAUCACGUUAGUCCACGCAAACAUGUCCGCCAUCUAACUAACCAAUCACGCCCCUGGAUGUGCCGCCCCGGAUCAGAGUUUACUGAAGGCUGGCCCUGAUUAACCCUUUACUCUGACUAACCUUACCUGAUGCACUGACACUCAGACAUAUUACCUGCACUUAUAAUCACCACUGCUUGCAAACCAUCCUCAUUAUGUGUCCACUCAUCCCGAUCUUCAUCAUCAUCAUCAUCAUCAUCAUCCAGUCUGUUCCACUGAGCUCCAGAGGUCUGAAUCAGGAAGCGAGAUUAGCAGGUUAGCAGCUAUCUUCUGGUGUCAUGAAGCUGGUUCACCUUUAACCGUGGUAGAUCACCGUGGUAAACUAUGACGUAGGGCUAACGCGCUAACGACCGAGCAAUCAGGUCACUGGAAAAACGUGGAUCCUCUCUGCGACCAAAGUCGACAUCGGUACAAUUACUUCUGUCAGACUAAUAAAUGGUGAUUUCAGCUGCGUAUUAACGAUGUUAAGUUUCUUUUACGGUCUCACUGCGUGUUCAGACAGAACGAAUACAAAGUCGAUGUGAAGACGAUGACACUCAGGGCGGAGCGAUAUGACGCGGAGACGUUUUCCGCGCAAGUUCAAAAUGUUUCACGGUGAACGAAAAACUCAAGGUUUUACGAGUCUGAAAUAACAGAGAGCUGGAGUUCCUGCUGAGAUCAGAGUCUGGCAUUGACAGAGGGCAGAAGUUACGGCAGGAACGGUGGGAAAGUACAUUUUGCAGAUCUCUGAAUUCACCAAGUUCUGAAACCUGACUCUCCGAUCCGACCAGGACUUGUGUAAACCAGACUGAGAGUCUGCAGCUAGCAGCUCUGUGAGGCUGCACUUAGAGACAGCGGUGCUUUGAGCUAAAUGCUAACAUCAGCGUGCUAACACGCUCAGAAUGACAAUGCUGAUGUUUAUCGGGUGUAAAGUUCACCGUGUUCACCAUCUGUUAGCAUGCUAACAUUAGCUAGUCAGCAGUGAACACAGAGCGCAGCUGAGGCUGAUGGGAGCGUCAGCAGCUCUGCAGGUGUUCGGUCAGAAACCAAAGUGUCGGACGCGUUAACGUGUCGACCUGAUGGUGGCGCUAGAUGGAAAGUCAGAGGAUCAGCAGAGUUAUUACAGUUCAUCCUGAGGGGAGCAUGAACGAUGAAGCAGCUGCUGCUGGUGUUUCAGUCUGGACCGAAGUUAUUGGUGAAUGAAAUGAACGAACAUUUUCAGUCACGACGACUCUCUGAGCUGAGCUGAGCGAAAUGAUUUCAAUCAGCAGUCGUUUGUUAUUCCUCGUGUUUCCGCAGCUUCUAGUUGUGAUUUUAUUGUUUAUAUAUCUCACCUCUUGUUGCCGCAGUAACCCAGUUUUCUGCGCAGACGUCACGGCUCUGUGAUUGGCUGUGAUUAACAGCUUUGCCUCUCCCACACGACCACGCCCAGAGUUAACGGGACCAGUGGACAACCAGCUUCAUGAUACCAGUCACCAGGUCCACCAAACAGAAACAGACUUCACGGUACAGUCCUCUGAUGCUUUCUGCUUUUAACUUGAAUGACAGCUGAUUAAUGUGAGGAGCUACUGUCACAUAUUAAACAUGUAACUGAUUGUAAUAUCUAUUGAUUAUGUGGAGCUUUUAAUUUAUUUGAUGAUUGUAAUUUUUACUGCCACAAGUUUGUUUGCAACUGUAAACUCUUUUCUUAAUUUGAAAAUAUUAUUUUUUCUGUACAGUUUUCUUUUUUUGUAUGAGCACCCACGGAUGACUUGCUUCCUCGCUUUAACAUCUUCCCACACAUUUCAGCCACGUACCUGACAUUUUAAAGGAGCAGUUCACACUAAUCAACGUGGUAGCGUCUAUAUUGGAUCGUGUCUUGAGGUAGAAAGCGUCUCUCAGCCGUCGUCUUCACGCUCAGUGUCCGUUCUUCGUGCUUUCUUCUGGUUACACCUCCACGCCAUCCAGUCCUCGUUGUUUCUGUUGUACGAUGUCAAAUAAACCGGAGAAAAAUA